AUGCCCCGCCGCGACGCCGCCACCUGCGCCUCCCUCGUCUCCGCUCUCUGCCGCCUCGGCGCGCCCCUGGACGCCAUCCGCGCCUACAUGGACAUGCUGACCCAGGAUGCCGACGACGAGGACGGUGGCCUCCGCCCCAACGAGUUCACGGCGGCCGCUCUCCUUCAGGCUUGUGGGCUAGCCAAGGUCGCGAGGCUAGGGAGGAUGGUGCAUGGCCACCUCGUGACAAGUGGGUUUUGCUGUGACCCGUUUGUUGUUGGCUCGUUGGUCAAUACGUACGCCAAGGUUGGGGAUGUGGUGAGCGCAGAAAAGCUGCUUCUUGGAAUGGAUUCCAGGGAUGUGGUUUCUUGGACUGCCCUGCUUUCAGGGUGCGUGCUUAAUGGGAUGCUAGCAGAAGCUCUCAAAGUGUUCGUCAUGAUGCUGGAGGAUAACGUCCUUCCCAACAACGUUACAAUGUUGAGUGUUAUUCAGGCGUGCUCUUUGAUGGGAGAGUCAGGAUUGUUCAGUUCAUUGCAUGCGCUUGUUGUUCGCUUGGGGCUCGAGAAUGAUGUUUCAGUGGUGAAUUCUCUCAUCAUAAUGUAUGCUAAGAAUGGAUUUGUUGAGGAGGCCACAGGUCUUUUUGAGGAUUUGUACCUGAGGAGAGGAGAUGUAUGCCCUAAUUCUGAUGUUCUUUCUGCGCUUCUUUUUGGCUGCACUGUUUCAGGAUCCUUGAAGUAUGGAAAGGGAAUCCAUGCGCACUUGAUUAAAAUGAAUGAUUUGCCAAGCAUUAGCAUCGAAAACUCCCUGAUGGGCAUGUAUGCUAGAUUUGAGCAAGUUGAUGCAGCAUAUGUGGUGUUCAAAGGUAUGCAAAUUAAGGAUAUUGUUUCGUGGAACACCAUGAUCUCAUGCCUGGCAAAGAGUGAUCAUGUGGAUGAAGCCUUGGAGCUUUUUAGUAUUCUUCAUGGUGGUGAUGGACUUGUGCCUGACUUUGUCACUGUCUUGAGCGUAGUGCAGGCAUGUUCUAAUGCUGGAUUACUGCAGCAAGGGCAGAUGCUCCAUGGAUACAUUAUAAAGUCUGGAUCUUUGUAUGAUGUCUCAAUCUGCAAUGCCCUGAUAAGUAUGUAUGCUAAGUUGGGAAGAAUUGAUUUCUCUGAGCAGAUAUUUGAGCAGAUGGAUAUUAAGGACAUUGUUUCGUGGAACUCAAUGAUCAAUGCUUAUGGUAUUCAUGGAGAUGGGCUAUCAUCUCUAAGGAUUUUUAAUGAGCUGCAGGAUGAUGGAACAUGUUCACCCAAUGCUAUCACAUUUUUGAUCUACUUGGAAGAUCUGGGAGGUUUGCUGAGGCAGAACAAUUUAUCAGAAACAUGCCUGUUCAUCCCAAUUCAUCCAUUUGGGGACCUCUUCUGGCUGCUUGCUCUCUUUACGGGAACAUUGAUCUUGCAGAAAAAGCUGCUAUAG